AUUGGGUUCAAUUUUAUCAAAAACCUUAUAUUAUCGCAUCUCUUAAUCCAAAUAUUUCAAAUAUUUCCAAUGAUGAUUGGUAUGCAGCACCAAAUAGCACAAAUUGUGCUGAAGCAGCACACUCUAUGAGCAAUCGUGAAGGAAAGCAGCUUAAAUUAAUGACAGCAAUAUUGAGAGGUCAAAAGUUAGAUAUGCGAUACUUCAAAAGAAUUGAAAUUAAAAAAAACUAUAAUAUUGAUCUUAGUGGACAUGAUAAAAGUGGUAUUAAGCGAAAGAUUUCAGCUAUUAAACGAAGCAGUAAAUUAACAGAAAGUAAUUCUAAUAAAAAUGAUUCUUCAAAUAUAAAUAAUGAAAUGGUAAUGACACCAAUAGAAAAAUUGGAAUAUGAAGAAUGCAUGCUUUUAAUUGAAGAAAGAAAAGAAAAAUUAAGAGAAUUGCGAAUUGCUAAUACAAUUAAAGAGCGUGAAUAUGGACUUGAACAAGAAUAA